AUGCCGACUGGCGUUGUCAACUUGGAGUUUCUUGCAACCUUCCGCCUUUGGCCCAAGCCCUGUGAUGCUGGGCGCGCCUUUACGGCCGCCCGUCCUGGCGUCACCUUCAGCGCGAGCUGCGCCGCUCAUGGCGCGGAUGCCGCGCCUCGCGCACUUGGCGCGCGCUUUGGCGCCCGCGGCGGCGCUGCUGCCGCUGCUGCCGAGACCCGAGCGCCGGCCGAAAGUGGGACCUGGACCCAGGCCUGCGGGAGCUGCUCGCAGUUUGGCGGUGAGGGGUCGGAGCUGAGACCGCUCUACCCGGAGAUUGAGGCUAGAAAAACGGGGAGCAUGAAGACCAGGGACGGCAAGCACGAGAUCUACUACGAGGUCUCUGGGAACCCCAAAGGCAAGCCGGCGGUCUUCCUGCAUGGGGGCCCGGGGGAUGGGUGCAGCCCAAAGCAUCGGCGCCUCUUCGACCCUGAG